CUGCCAGCAGACGUGAUGCCACCGAGAAGGAAUGAGAAAUAUAAGCUUCCUGUUCCGCUUCCAGAAGGCAAAGUUUUGGAUGACAUGGAAGGAAAACAAUGGGUGCUAGGCAAGAUGAUUGGCUCUGGAGGAUUUGGAUUGAUAUAUUUAGCUUUCCCUACAAAUAAACCAGAUAAUGAUGCAAAGCAUGUCAUAAAAGUGGAAUAUCAAGAAAAUGGUCCAUUAUUUUCAGAACUUAAAUUUUAUCAAAGAGCUGCAAAAAAAGAGUGUAUGAAAAGAUGGAUAGAACUGAAACAACUUGAUUACUUAGGAAUUCCUUUAUUUUAUGGAUCUGGUAUUACUGAAUUUAAGGGAAGAAGUUACAGAUUUAUGGUAAUGGAAAGACUAGGAAUAGAUUUACAGAAGAUUUCAGACCGGAAUGGCACUUUUAAAAAGUCUACUGUCCUGCAGCUCGGUAUUCGAAUGUUGGAUGUACUGGAAUAUAUACAUGAAAAUGAGUAUGUUCACGGAGAUAUAAAAGCAGCAAAUCUACUUUUGGGUUAUAAAAAUCCAGAUCGGGUUUAUCUUGCAGAUUAUGGACUUUCCUACAGAUAUUGUCCCAAUGGGAACCACAAACAGUAUCAGGAAAAUCCUAGAAAAGGUCAUAAUGGGACAAUAGAGUUUACCAGCUUGGAUGCCCAUAAGGGAGUUGCCCUGUCCAGACGUAGUGACCUUGAAAUCCUUGGCUACUGCCUGCUGCGUUGGUUCUGUGGGAAACUGCCUUGGGAACGGAACCUGAAGGACCCUAUGGCUGUGCAGACUGCUAAAACAAAUCUUUUGGAUGAACUACCUGAUUCAGUGCUUAAAUGGGCUCCUUCUGGAAGCAGUUGCUGUGAAAUAGCCGAAUAUUUAGCCUGUGCUCAUAGUUUAGCAUAUGAUGAGAAGCCAAACUAUCGGAUGCUCAAGAAAAUUCUAAACCCUGGUGGAAUAUCUUUAGGACCACUGGACUUUUCCACUAAAGAAGAGCGUGUACAUGUGCAUACUCCAAGAAACCAACAAGUUAAUUUGCUGAAAGAUACAAUGAAACAAGCCAAUCAGAUGCAAAAAAGAUUAACAGACAAAAAUGUCCGCAAUGAGAGAAGUGCUGAGUCCUGUGCAACAUGGAGAAAAGUGCAAAAUGAAGAGAAGCCGAUUGGAUUGCUGAACAAUGAAACAGCUCAGGAAAGCACAAGGAGAAGACAAAAAUAUUCUCAGUCUCAAGAAUUUUUCAAUGAAGUAAAAAGUUCUUCACGAGAAUCCAGCAAUACACAGUUGCCAAAUUCAUUUUAUGAACCUCAUCAAGAUUUUACCAGUCCAUAUAGACUCAACAAGUCAAGAUUUCCGUCUUGGGACACAUAUACUUCUACAACUGCUAUGCAGGUCACAGACUUACAAAGUUCCACAAGAUUUUCUCUUAGUGAAGAGACAAAGGCAGAUAUGUAUUAUUUUGCCAUCAUUUUCUGUCUUUUGAUAUUGGUGUGGUUUGCUAUAUAUUUUUUCUGAAGAUAAUUUUUCAAAUUUCCAGUUCUUU